AUGAUCAUUACCGGAGAUAAUGUGGAAGAAAUAGCAGAGCUCAGAAAGAAUUUAUUCCAGGAAUUUGAGAUGAAGGAUUUAGGUCUCCUCAAGUAUUUCUUAGGUAUUGAAGUACUAAGAUCAAAGAAGGGGAUCUUUAUAAAUCAGAGGAAGUACAUACUCGAUCUAUUGGCAGAAAUUGGGAUGUUAGAUUGCAAGCCCGCAGAUACCCCUAUGGUGCAAAAUCACGGACUACAGAUUAAGGAAGAUGGAGAACCGAGCGACAGGGGGAGAUACCAGAGACUUGUUGGGAAGCUGAUCUACCUCUCUUAUACAAGACCAGAUAUUGCAUAUGCAGGAACAGCCGAGCAUGGGCUCAUGUUUGAGAAACACGGACACAUGGAGAUACAUGGUUUCACUGAUGCUGACUGGGCAGGAAAUCCGAAUGACAGGAAAUCAACUACAGGAUACUUUGCCUUUGUUGGAGGAAAUCUUGUAACGUGGAGGAGCAAGAAGCAUAAAGUAGUAGCACUCUCGAGUGCAGAGGCAGAGUUCAGAGGAAUUAAGAGCGGAUUGACAGAGAUAUUAUGGCUAUGA